AUGGCUGCAGUCCCUACGUCGUCCGGUCCCGAGCUCCUUCACGAUGCCGAAAAGCUCACUCCGAGUGAUUCAUCGCUGAGUGCGCAGAGAAAGCGGCACAUUACUGGCUUCAAGUGGUUUAUAUUUUUGGUCAGCACCCUGACGGCCAUCUUCGUCUACUCUCUGGACAAUACAAUUGUUGCCAAUAUUGCUCCGAAAAUUGUGAACGAUUUCAACGCGGUCGAAGAUUUGCCAUGGCUGUCGGUGGGAUUCAUGAUUGGAGGGAUGGCAAUGGUACUCCCAUUUGGUAAGUUAUAUGCGCUUUUCGAUGCCAAGUGGGUGUUCAUUGCAACCACAGUCGUGUUCAUGGCAGCCUCUGCACUCUGUGGCGGGGCGCCUAACAUGGACGCCGAGAUUAUCGGGCGAGCCUUUGCUGGUGCGGGCGGCAAUGGAAUGUACUUCGGUUUGCUUGCUCUGAUUUCCAUGAACACUACCAGCCAGGAACGGCCGAAAUACCUAAGCUUGAGCGGUUUGGUCUGGGGUCUCGGGACGGUUCUGGGUCCUGUUGUCGGCGGCGGCUUUGAGCUGUAUAUCUGGCGCUGGGCAUUCUAA